GUCACACAUCGUGACUCCCGCGUCGCCCUUCGUCUCCCACGCCUGCGCCAUUAUUACAGUCAUCAAUCGAAUAUCGAAACGCAAUCGAACAAGCCCAAACAGCAACCGAAAAGUGCGUGCAAUCACGGUCUGGCUAUAUAGAAUCUCGCGUUUCGGGACGAAUGUUUCUCACAGCAGUGACUUUCCAUUUUAUCGAUUACGGUCGAAUCACGACGACGGCGACGUAAUGAUACAACAACAACAAGUUCGGUUUUCGCUCCGUGUCGCGCGUCACAUGGUUAAGGCGCUGGGUGAAUCUGGUCUCGGUAGUCGAGCGGAAAGAUUUAUUAGCCCGGCUCCCUCCCACCUCUAUAUCGCGCCAUUGUUUCCUUUUUUACUUUGCUGCCUAUAGGUGUACGCAUCGGAGAGUGAACUAAAUCGGCAGGGCCAUGUGAAAACGUCGCCACAGUGGGAAACGAGAAUCGGAAAUUUGUUUUCCUCCAUUUUUUUUCUUUUCUUUUUCAUUUUGUCUCAAAUACUUUACUGUGGUUCUGCUCGGUAAUUUUUUGGCUUAACGAAAAGGAAUAGGUCGUGCGUAAGAGUUGCGCAUCAGGAUCACCAACAAACAGUCUACGAUCUGUCACUCUACGGGACGUCUGUUUACAUCGGUUGUUCACCUGGCAACGGUGUGUGUGUUGAGUGUGGGGCUCUUUUUUUGUAGUAGAGACAAAUGUGACGUUUCAAAGAAAAAACUUAAACAAAUCUUUAUUGACAUUUACGUCACUUAAAAAAUGAUUGGAAUGGGGGGCCUGGGACUGGAUCUAGAUUCUCUCAACGAAUCGGUUGCUUCGAGCAUGUCAGUUAGAGACAUGUAUUCCAACAGUAACCUGAACUCGGCUAGCAGUCUUUCUUGGGCCGACGACGAAGUAGAAAAUUAUGCCACCAUGAAAGUGCAGCACUAUCUUGACAAUCUGGAAGACUUUCUUCACACAGGCGAUCCACCUAGUGAAAGAUGUUUCAACCAGUCUGAAGCCGAACAGUGGAUGCAGCUAGUCAAUCAUUUCAAGUUCCACGGUCUGUUGAAGGAAUCUCAGAGACAAGUCAACGAAGAGCAGUGGAGGAUGAACCCCAUCAAGAAAGAAUUGGAAAUACAAGGGCACAGUUUUGUCAAUUUGCCAUCAAACAACAAGUAUGGGAUGAGCAGCACAUCUAUGGGCUACAGCCAUUUUCAGACACCGAGAGUCAGGAGUGCCUACCCUACCAAAAAAGAAGUGCAACCAAUCAGGAUUAGAAGUGCUCAUCCGCUCAAAUCACCACCUCUGCCAGUCAUCGGUCUGCGAACGGGUGCGAGAUCCGGCAACGCCAACGAGCGUUCCUACUAUCGUCCGCGGAGCCCGUCCAAAAACGCCGAUUACAUGAAAAUUCUAGAUGAAACAGCCCGCCUAUCCAUCCAAAGAAACAUGAGUGUAACAGCUGGCGAGGUUCCAGCCUUUAGCCACAAGAGCAUAUCGCCCAGCAAGAACUACACUCAACUGAAAAGGAUAAAAUUGCAGCCGUCUGCCCUUCCGAAGUUCACGGAUAGCGUUACAGAGACCACCACCACCAUUUUGCCUCCACUGGCCGAAGCCAAAAAUUCUCAUCCGCUCAGAAGCAAAGUCAAGCCCAAAACGAAUCCUGCCGCGCUUGUGACGAAUCUCAAAUCGGCCAAUGGCAAAAUGAAUGGAAGCGAGAACCUUGUUGGCAGGAAGCCCACCAGUGCCGUGCAGCCAAAUCGGAGCAUAGCGUCGCAAUCAAAACUUGGACAGCAGCACCGCCAAAUGUAUAACAUUCCUCCAUCCACUUACCGUACUGGAAAUAGUAUCGAAUUGGUUGGAACGAGCUUGUCGCUUUUCGAUCCUAUCGCCAGGUGUGUUCGCCCCAUUUCAAUACCAAAACUGCGCACAAAUUUUUGAUCCCCCCGUGGCAUAUCUCUUCUGUAUUACCUUCGAAAAUAUCUGGUUUUUAAAACUGUCUAGUCAUGAAAAAAUUGCGAUAGAGCAAAAAAAGUUGAACCUGUUACUUGCCGGCUCCUACCUCCCUUAAUAAUUGGUUUUGAAUAGUUUAAUUAUUCAACGCUGAAAUCCCCUCAGACAAACAUGUCGGGCGCCGACGUGUCUAACUACUACUACUACUACUCUGUACAGUGUGACGAUGAAUAUAAUCUAAUCUAUCUGCAGUCCAUGGCUAAACACAUUCAUUUCGAGAACCGAAAUAGAAGGGGGCCGCCGUGGAUCACACAUAGACGGGCUAAUUAUACGACGGUCGGAUGCGACGCUGUGCACAGCAGUUUGACGAGGGACGUCGAUCGCGUUGCUAGUCGUUUGUAAACCCGCUGUGACCCGAAUUUUUGCCCAGUUGGAAACUUGCGAGAAAAAAAGGGAAAAAAAUAAUUAAAAAACACCUUUUUCGUCGUGACUAAACAUGGAUUGCAGUGAAAGUUCCUCUUGCUGGACCAUCUUUCUGCAGAACGUGGAGCUCGUAACGAGGAUAUGGGGUGUGUUCACUUCAAUCGUCCUGGUUGGCGUCGGCGUGGACCUUUGUUUCAUCCACCAGCUGGCGGGCGGAUUCGCCAUAGCAGCUGCCGUGAUCACCCUAUUCCUCGAGACGUCGUGGGCCGUGACUGUUCUCCUUCAAGUAUGUCUCAGGUAUGAACACCAUCCCAUUUUUAACUGCUGGGACGCUGUCUUAUGGUUGGAUCAUUGGAAACGGACUGUCAUCUACACAAUUUUGGCUGUCCUGCUCUUUGCACAGCCUCACAGGGCAUGGUUUACCACCGUGGGAGGCCUGAUGCUAAUCGCAUUAGGACUCUUGCACGCUGCCAGAUGGUAUCGCAAGCUCAAAUCCGUCCCAAUGUCAUUAAUCGAGCAACAAGAAGAUGGUUUUGAUGACGACGCCGAAAUCGACUUGACUUUACCAGACCCCGUUCAACAUUUGGACAACUAUUCAACCUCAGCAACAUUGGAGCAGCAGCAACAAAAUAGUUACAACAUUGGCGAUAAUCCGGAGAACGGGCAUUUACGGGUCGUCGCGUGAUAAACCGAAUUACCGAACAGCAACAAAAAACGUCCUUUUAGAUCAUAAAAGAAAAGUACCGAAAAGAAUGUGGUCAACACUGCCGUCACGGAUGCAAAACCAAAUCUCAACGGGUCUCGCUCGCUAGCACUUCCAACACCGCAUUCUGUGCCAGUAUACAUAAUAUAUAUAAUAAUGAAAUGAAAAUUUUCGACUCGUUAGCUGCAGUUGGAUUAUUAAAUUAACCGUUGGCGACACUACGAAGCUAAUGACAAAUAACAGAGAACUGUCAAGAGAUUUUUCCUUUGACGGCAAGCAAUCGGGCAUUGAACUGAACAAGUUUCCUCCAUAAAAAUAACGAGUCACCUUAUUACAAUAAGUGGGCAAAACAAAAGUGGGAACUGUGAACCACGUGUUACAGUAUCUUCAAGUAUGCAAAAUAUGCAGAAAUGCUGUUGGAACUGACAAGACAGGGGAAAAAAAGGCAUUUUACAGAGUUUCAUGUCAACCGUCACUCAGCCAUUUAGUAUUUGCCUACAAUCUUUGACAAUAAAUCUAGUCAAAAGUCUGUGUCAAUGACACAUUAGUUUAGAGAAUCCAGACCGGUCAAGACUCAAGAGAGAACACAGACUUAGUCCUCAUGGCCACUCAUGGCACACCGAGAAAUCAAAAUGAAUUUGCUGCUAGCUGAGUGCAGUCAACAACUCUUCUAGAAAAACUGGGUGACCCAAAGAUACAAAAAACCUCACAGCUCAAUAGACCACACAAAAGUAAAAUUUUGCCAAGAGACACAUACUUUAGAACUUCGUACAACAAGUUUCAUCAAGCAGAUUCAAGCAUGCAACUCGACCGGCAGACGAGACAUUGAAAAUAGUUAUUUGUAUAUUUUCACUUACUUUACGAUGUUCCUCGAUGAAAUACGUCUUCAGAAAUCUUGUAGUAUAGGCCUAAAAAGUAAAAUCACUUAUUUGUCCAACAUUUUGACUGUGCUUACAGUCACAUGUUGGACACGAGGAGUAAGUCUUUCUCGUCUUUCUCUUGCCGCCUUUUUGUCGUGUGUGAAUAGUUCAUGAUCAGACCACAGGGCGGCAUUAUUGUAUGGAACACCAUACUCAUAUGACUUCGUAAAAAUUGAUAUUUAGGCUAAACAAAAGUAUACAGCAAAUUCAAUGAAAGCUUCAAUUUUAUGCUUUUAAUAAACAUAAACUAUUUACAACGACAUUACAGCAAUGUCUGACGAGGCAAUUUUAAAUUAGGUUAAUCUGUUUUCGUAAAUGGAAUUCCUUUUGCAUAUUGCCCAUAAAAUAAGCAUGACAUCAGGUAACAAUCCACUAAACAUCAAACGAUCGAGCGGGAAAAAGCGAUCCAUUUUCGUAUUACUAGACGUCACGUCUUACACCCAUCAAAUACCAAACACAGCGACUCGCCGCAUAAAAGUGCAGUAUAAAAAGCGUUUCUUGUUCGCUUUGCUCACAAUAGCUAAUGUAUCCGUUGACUGCCUCAGACACGCAAACAUGAACUGUCCCUUGAACAUGCUUGUGUUUCCAAUCACCAUCUUUUUGGUCGUUAUUAGCGAUACUCACGCAGCUUCUCUAAAUACUGGAAAAGCAUUUCAAAGUUAUGUUCAAACUAACAAUAUUCCGAUACAAGUUAAUGAAGCGAUUACUGAAAGAGCAAAACCACGAACUGUUGCCGACGCCAUGCUUAUUACAACAGAACCGAUUCAAAAACCUCUUAAAGACCCACGUCUGUUUGUUCUAUGGUGGUCUACUUUAACACAAUCUAUUCUGCAAUUGUUACGACAACGUACUUCGACCACUACUUCAAAUCCCAACCAAACUUUCAUCGCUACUACUCCUUUUUCAGUUUUCCAAACGGAUGACCCCACUCAUAACGUAAAUGACGUUGCAGCUGGACUAGAUACGAUAAUUGUUGAUGCACCACCUGUAUUUGAUUCAAUGCCAUUGGAAUAGUAAAUGGGAAUAACUUGGAACUGCAUUUAAUAUACUGUUUAACCAAUCGCAA